AUGGCAAUUGACGUGAAUAAUGAACUUAUUGAAAUUUUAAGAAGAUAUAAUACAUAUCAAUUCGAUAAUACAGGAAUUGAGGAUAAAAAUUUAACUAAAGUCCAAGGUUACGGCGUUGUGCAAAAAGCUUACUUUCGAAAGCAGGUGGUAAUGAAGCAUAUUUCCAAGGAGUUUAUACAAAACGAUAAAGAAAGAUUUGAUGAUAUUCAAACUAAGGCAUCAGAACGUGAUUCAGUUCCUUGGAAUUUCAAUGGUACUCUGCAAGAUUAUAUUUUGAACCAUGGCAAUGAUUCGAGGCGAGAUGAAAAGUUGACAAUUGCAAAUGGUAUAGCAGAUGGUUUAAAACAUAUGCAUGAGAUAGGAAUCGUUCAUAAAAGACUUGUAAAUAAUGGUAAAGUAAAAAUAUCAAAUCCGGCAUUUCUAGAACUAAACAUUGAAGUUUCAUCGUCAAUAUCAUUACAAAGAGAUAUAGUUUUUUUGGAUCCAGAGGUCAUAAAAAAUCGAAACUUGGAACUUAAUCCAGCAUCAGACAUUUACAGCUUGGGUGUUAUAAUGUGGUCAAUAUCUAGUGGAAAUUUUCCAUUUGAAGGCGUCACUGAUCAAACAAAAUUAGUGGACCAAAUUGUGUUUAAAAAUAUGCGCGAAAAACCCGACAAUAAUAUCUCACCUGCAUUUAACAAUCUGUAUCAACGAUGCUGGGAUUUUGAUCGAAGUAAACGACCUACUAUAGAUCUUGUGUGUAGACAGCUAGAAGUUAUGUUACAAGAAGAACAAAAUCCAGAUUCAAUAUUAGCCUCUGAAACUUCUCAACAAAAUAUCGAAGUCUCUGAAAUUUCUCAACAAAAAGCCCCUGAAAUUCCAAAAGAUCUUAUAUUAGAUGGAAACGACCAACGAACAGAGAAGUCCUCUGGAAAAUUUACUAGAAAAUCAAACAGAAAGUCCUCAGAAAAAAAAUCUUUCUUAGUUAAGCUUAAAGAAAAAUUUACUAGAAUAUCAAAAAAGACAUCAGAAAAGACAUCAGAAAAAGCAUCAGAAAAAGCAUCGGAAAAAGCAUCAGAAAAAGCAUCAGAAAAAGCAUCAGAAAAAGCAUCAGAAAAAGCAUCAAAAAAAGCAUCAAAAAAAGCAUCAAAAAAAGCAUCAAAAAAAGCAUCAAAAAAGGCAUCAGAGAGUGAAUCAGAAAAGGCAUCAAAAAGACCUAGUAUAUCUAGUAACUUGAAUGUUUCGUAA